ACCGCCACCGCGCGCUACUGCCGCUCCUCGUGUCUCCAAGUCACACAGACGCUGGUGAGAAGUGAAAACCUGCCACAGACAGAUCCGGGCGAGCAGCUGAUUUUUGUCAUAAGCGGGAAAAAAGAUAAGACUAAAGCUGUGCUCGGUGCUUUUGUCAGAGUCCGUGCGGGAGAAAGAGUUGACGGUAAGCGACUGCUUCAAGCAAGUUAGCGGCAGAGCGAGGAGCGCGGGAAAGUCUUGCUGCUGUUCAGAGAAAGCGGAGCGCUGUUCACGUGAGCCCGGUGAAGUGUGUCCUCCAGCAUGUUGGUGCUAUGCCUGCUUGGUGCCGUAUGGCUCGCGGCCAGUCCGACCCGUGCGCAGAACGACACGGAGCCCAUAGUCCUGGAGGGGAAAUGCCUCGUGGUGUGCGACUCCAACCCCACCUCCGACCCCACGGGCACGGCGCUGGGCAUCUCCGUGCGCUCGGGCAGUGCCAAAGUGGCCUUCUCUGCGGUGCGCAACACCAACCACGAACCCUCCGAGAUGAGCAACCGCACUAGGGUCAUCUAUUUUGACCGGGUCCUCGUCAACGUCGGCAAAAACUUUGACGAAGAGAGAAGUAAUUUCAUCGCACCACGCAAAGGGAUUUACAGUUUUAACUUCCACGUCGUCAAGGUCUACAACCGCCAAACCAUAGAGGUGAGUCUGAUGCACAAUGGCUGGCCAGUCAUCUCAGGUUUCGCCGGAGACCAGGAUGUGACACGUGAAGCGGCCAGUAACGGCGUUCUGAUCCAGAUGGAGAAGGGCGACCGAGCCUACCUCAAACUGGAGCGAGGCCACCUGAUGGGCGGAUGGAAGUACUCCACCUUCUCGGGUUUUCUGGUGUUCCCCAUGUAGAGGGCGUGUGCGAGGCAGAGGAGCUGAGGGGAGGUGGACAGAAGAAACGGCUGGGGACAGGACAAAUACUGAAGAAGAGUAGACUCUGGGAAGAAAAGGAACGUUAUAGACUUUUUGGAGCGCUGCUGAAGAGGGGGAGGCCGGAGGAGAGAUAUUUAAGUGCAAAAAUAGAUCCAAGAGCAUGACUCAGAGAGAUUAGGAAGGCCAUGCUUUGGCAGCCAGCUUCUUCACCUCUCUUCCUCUACGAUUCAUCCUCUCAUCCAUUUGCUCCACUCACUGUUUCUGUGUGCCUACUGCAGCUUUGGACAGAAUAAACCUUUUUUUAUUCUCCACUGAAAAGGGCAAUUAAUCAUUUCUAGGAGUGAUCAAAAGCCUGAGUGUUCCCAUCGCCACACCUCUGUAAUCUACCCUUACAUUCAAGUGUACAGUGGGCUUUUCAAAUGUUUGAUUGACUUGCACUGAUUUUUGAACCAGUUUGUUCUCUGAAGCCAAAACACGUUUUAUGAGGGAGCCCUCCUCACUGAUAUAAAAACAUGUGCACUUUCCCCUGAUGUGCUGUUUAUAGCCUGUUAUCAAAGGUUUCACAAUUUCAGAAGUCUUAUUAUGUAGAAACUCUGGACUACCAGGGUGCAGCCAGUUCAUCUCUAGACAUGAGCAGGACAUCUAUUUUUAUGUCCUCCCUUGUAUUUUACCAAAUCAUAACAACGAUAACCUGAGUCCUCUGUUUAUUCUAUACAGAGGAUGUUAGUCUGAAGCCCCUGCUCUCGGUUGCUCCUGCAGGGCAGAUAGAGUCCCCGCUCCUCUCUAAGGGCACAUGUGUCUUGCUGCUAAGUUUUGUCAUUAGGCUGUUACACUCUCGAUUGUUUGUUUGACAAUGUGAACUUUCAUAAAAAGACAUCCUGAUAUAACCACUACUGGUUUGUACUGGCCUAUCCCCACCUCCCCCAUAGUGUUCGGGAGCAUGGGCCUUCUUGCUCUGCACUAUAGGUCUAGUUUGCUGGUACAGCUGCUGUACAUGCUUAUGAAGAGAAUUCUUCCAAAAGUCAGAAAUGACAUGGAAAUAUUUUGCUGCAGUCCUCAGUGACUUUUUUGCUAUACUCUCUCAGUCUUAUCUGUAAUCUUAGCAUGUGUGCAGACUUCACGUUGUCCACCGUUGUGCCAUAAAUUCAUAAUAUUUUUGUUCAGUCAUUUUCUCAUGCCUUUCUGCUUUCCUGUGGUUUUCCUCUCUUGGACUAUGUCAGUUCAAACCAACUUUCCCUCACUGUAGCCCUGACCUCCAUGUGCGCCUGUGCCUCCUCUGACUCCUCGUGUGUCUCCUAUCCUGCUGCUGCUUGGAUCCUUCCUUGCUUAUUCCUCAAAGUGGGACUUUGGACAUUGAACCACUACAAACUCUAAUAUAUAUAAAUAGUUAAAUACGCACAGUAUAUACAAAUGGAUCUAUGAAUAUAUUGAAAUGAAAGCCACAAUUUCUAUUCUCCCAAUAUUAUGACAAUGUUGGCAAUGGUAACAUACUGAGAACUGAAUCUGGUUAAUGACUAUAUCUGUAUUUCUGUAUUUCCGUGUUAUAUAAAUACUAUUCCCAGAGAAACUUACUAGUGAUUGUGUGUGGAAUCUGGAGCUGCUGUCCUGCUCUUCUGAUUAAAAUAUGAAUCUUGUUUUUUAUUAUUAUUAUUAUUUUGGGUCAAGCCAAGUUGUGACUAAAACAUCAUCUGAA